ACUUAUUAUUCAUUGAACAUUUCUAUUUACCCAAAAUGAAAGUUUUAUUUAUUUUAUUUAUCGAUUGUGAAGAGUUACGUUAACGGAACUUUAUUUUGAAAGCCCCAGCAGCAGCCAGUGGUGUGCGGCGUUAGCUUUGAAACCGUAGCUUGUGCUUGUCAUUCAGAUAUCCCAGGAAUUUAACACGACUACGAACCAGCUAGCGCGGCACAACAAGGACGGGUUGAGUUAGAAUCACGUCCCGCACACAGAGGAACUCCCGGAACCACUGCUGGUUGUUGAAAUAGGAAAAGGUGCUGAGAAAAGCGGCAGCUACGGACAGCGCAUCAUGCAGCUGUGAAGUCAGACAUCAGAGACCCUGAACCUCAUCUCUGCGCUGGACAGGUGACACCCCCUUCAUCCAUUUUCAUCGUUCACAUAAAUGCUUGUACAUGAGGAGAGGGGAGAAACCUGAAGGAUACAGACAGAUGAGACCUAAAACGUUCCCCGCCAGCAACUACAGCGGCAACAGCCAGCAGAUGCUGCAGGAAAUACGGAACAGCCUGCGCAACCUGUCCAAACCCUCUGACCCACCUAAAGUGGACCCUGGUGGACAAGCAAAAAUGCUCCCUGAAGACACAAGGCAGCAGGGGCGCACCAGCACCCCAAAACAUUCCCACCAUAAGGCAUUACAGGAGAUCCGAAAGUCUCUGGUGCCUUAUGAAGUGCACAGUUCAUCAAGUAAUGAUUCUACCACUUCAGGCCCUGAUUUUAACAAGCAAAUGUUGCUGGAACCACAAAGUGCUGGGUUUGAGGAGGCCAACAGCAGCCGCCGCGGUGCUUCAGACUUCAUGGUAAAGGUGAAUUACCAGGACUCGAUGAGGGAGCAGAUGGCUGCUGCUAACAACAACUCUACAGGCCUAAAAGCUCCAGGACCUUAUCACAUGCAGCAGGCUGUGAUAAGGAAACCAAGUUGGAAAGGAUCUAAGGAAUCGCUGGCUCCUCGACUGGGUCCUAUAAUGGUAGAUGGAAAGAUGUACCGUUCGGACAGCCCUGGGCCACCUCCCGUUUACCCACAGGGCCACUCUGCCAACAGCCAGAGAGUAAACCCUCCACUGCCUCCUCAGAUGCGCAGUGUCACACCUCCACCAAACCGUGGCGGCCUGCCUUCUACAUCAUCUUGGGAAAACAACCCAUCAACCAAGCGCUACUCUGGGAAUUUGGAUUAUCUUGCUCCACGGAGUUCUCCAGUUCCCCAGGGUGCCUGGCCUGAUGGGUAUUCAAAUCCACCCCCUCAGAAUCAACGUGGGAUCAGCCCAAGCCCUGCAGGCCACCAGCCCAUCAUCAUGCAAAGUUCUGGUGGAAAUAAGCUCACCUUUCCUUCCACCUGGGUUCAUAAUGGUUCCACUCAGCCGGAAUACAUACAAGGAGGCAACAGACAGCCCCCUCCACCUUACCCUGUAAACCCAGGCAGCAGACACAGUCCCACCGAGCAGCAGACGGGAGGACCUGCAUCCUCUCCUCAGCUAAACUGUGUAAACAUUCCUCAGUCUAUACUGGCUCCAAACCGGAACAGCCACAACCUUGACCUGUACAACUUGGGUCCGCCUCAGUCUUGGUCCCAGGCCCCCCUGGCCUCCAAUCAGCCCCAGUCUGGAUCUGCUAACAGUAGCAACCAGGACCUCUCCCCGUCAUGGCAGCACAACAUGCCAGUCCGCUCCAACUCUUUUAACAACCACCAGGUCAGUAGGCCGGCUCAUUCUGCCAACACCCAGCCCUCUGCUACCACUGUCACUGCCAUCACGCAGGCUCCCGUCCUGCAGCCGGUGAAAAGCAUGCGUGUGCAGAAACCUGAACUACACACUGCGGUUGCUCCUACUCACCCACCAUGGAUACAGCAGGUUACACCGUCACCCCCUGCACCUGCCUAUCCUGAUCCCUCACCUGUGGUACCUCAGAUCCCUGUUGUAGUAGAAGCUCCCAGCUAUCAAGGCCCACCUCCACCCUAUCCUAAGCACCUUCUCCCUACAUCCUCCCCCCCAGCAUACGACUCUGGGGCUAAUAAGCACGGCUCAAGCAGAGAAGAGGCUGCUGAGGAGAGCAGCAACAAUGGCGAGAAGGUGUCAGAAAGCACCGAAAGCUCUGCAGCAACUGAGAAGGAGAGGAAGCAGAUCACUACAUCGCCUGUUCCAGUCCGUCGCAACAAGAAGGACGAAGAGCGCAGAGGGGAGUCGGGAAGAAUCAAUCUGUAUUCCUCUCAAGCCUUCAAGUUCUUCAUGGAACAACAUGUAGAGAACAUCCUGAAGAACCAUCAAAUGAGGAUUCGGAGGAGGAAGCAGCUAGAAAGUGAGAUGCAAAGGGUGGGUUUGACCUCAGAAGCCCAGGAGCAGAUGCGAAUGAUGCUCUGUCAGAAGGAAUCCAACUACAUCCGUCUCAAGCGUGCCAAAAUGGAUAAGUCUAUGUUCAAACGUAUCAAAACGCUUGGGAUCGGAGCUUUUGGAGAGGUGUCCUUGGCGAGAAAAGAGGACACAGGAGCGCUGUACGCUAUGAAGACUCUUCGCAAGAAGGACGUGCUGCUGAGGAACCAGGUGGCUCACGUUAAGGCUGAGAGGGACAUCCUGGCUGAGGCUGACAACGAGUGGGUGGUGCGUCUCUACUACUCCUUCCAAGACAAGGACAACUUAUACUUUGUCAUGGAGUACAUUCCCGGUGGGGACAUGAUGAGCCUCCUCAUCCGACUCAGCAUCUUUAAAGAAGAGCUGGCUCAGUUUUACAUCGCGGAGCUCACCUGCGCUUUGGAAAGCGUGCACAAGAUGGGAUUCAUCCAUAGAGACAUCAAGCCUGACAACAUUCUCAUAGACAGAGACGGACACAUAAAGCUGACGGACUUUGGCCUUUGCACUGGUUUCCGAUGGACCCACGACUCCAAGUAUUACCAGAGCGGGGAUCAUGUGAGGCAGGACAGCAUGGACUUCAGUAAGGAAUGGGAAGAUCCAGCCAACUGUCGCUGUUUGAACCGACUGAAACCCCUGGAAAGGAGAAAGGCCAGGCAGCACCAGCGUUGUUUGGCCCACUCCCUGGUGGGAACGCCAAACUAUAUUGCUCCAGAAGUUCUUCUCAGAACAGGAUACACCCAGCUCUGCGACUGGUGGAGUGUUGGUGUCAUCUUGUAUGAAAUGGUUGUUGGACAGCCUCCUUUCCUGGCCAACACACCACUGGAGACGCAGAUGAAGGUGAUAAACUGGAAGACCACGCUGCACAUUCCCCCACAGUGCAAGCUCAGCCCAGAGGCGUCGGACCUCAUCGUUAAACUGUGUCGCGGCCCAGAGGACCGCCUCGGUAAGAACGGCGCAGACGAAAUCAAAGCUCAUCCUUUCUUUAAGAGUGUCAACUUCUCUAGUGACCUCAGACAGCAGGCGGCUCCCUACAUCCCCACCAUCGCCCACCCAACAGACACCUCCAACUUUGACCCUGUGGAGCCAGAAAAGUUGCGCAAGAGCGACGACGAAAGCAACCAUAACGACACCCUGAGCAUUUGGUUCCGCAACGGGAAGCACCCCGAACACGCUUUUUACGAGUUCACCUUCAGACGCUUCUUCGACGACAACGGCCACCCUUACAGCUGCCCCAAACCCAUCGAGUAUGAGGGCUGCGACGAGGAAGAGCUAGAGAUGGACGGCGCCGAUCAAGAGAAUCAGGGCCGAGACCUGGUUUAUGUGUAGUUCCUUGUUGUAUACAGACCUUUUAAAAGGGCGUUUGCGUGUGUGAAGGGGGGGGGGUUGUCAGAUAAAGCUUAAAAAAACCUUGAACAUAGGAAAAAUAUAUCUGUCAGAGCACUCAGAACACUACAGGACAUAAAUGUAAAACCGGGUUUAAAUAUGAACUCUAACGAUAUUUAAGCAAAUAGAUUUAAACUGGCCUGGAGUCAGAUUAUCAAAACAAGAAGACUGGAGACUGCUGAUCUUAUUCCCCAAGGAUAUCAUCAUCAGCUUUCAAAGAGCCCCAGAGACACAGUUAUUACCAGAAUAUUACCAGAGUCCCAAAACCAUAUAAAGAUUCACCAAGAAAUCCACUGUUGAUGAUUUUCGGAACCUGGCUGGUGGGAAACGUUCCCAUCAAUGAACACGAAAUGCCCAAGAGAAAAGCAGAACCCUCUUCAGUGUGGACAGUGUGACGGGAGAGGCAGCUCAAAGCCAUCUAUUGUCAGUAUCGAUGAGCUGUUUGAAAUGAAGUCAGAGGAAACACAAUAAUUUAAGAAGCUUUUUAAAAGAGCUGUAUUUUCUAAAACGAGCCGAAACAUGUCUGGGGUGAGAGAGCGUGAGACUUUCAGGAGGUAACAGCAAGGCUCUGCUUUCUCUUUUUGAGCUUUUAAUCCACGACUAGAGAUAGGUGAUAUAGCCUUAGUUUUAUCACAACAUUUUCUGUGAUUUAUUCAGAUAAACGAUAAAAAGUAUGAAUGCAUCACAUUCCUAUUGUGGCAAGUAUAGCUCAAGCUUACUGAUUAUCAAACCCACUACUUCAGUACAGCAGCUACAUUAAGUACUGCUAAACAGUACACAAAUAACUGCAUUUAAUCAUAUUUUUCAGUCUUUAUUGAUGCUCUUAUUCAAUUCAGUUUUAUUUAUAUAGCACCAAUUCACAACACAUGUUGUCUCAAAGCACUUCACAAAGUCAGGUUCAUACAUUCCAAU